AUGAUACGAGCGGUGAUAGUGAUGAACGAUCAAGGCAAGCCUCGUCUCGUCAAAUUUUACGACUAUCAGCCUGUGGAGAAGCAGCAGGAGCUCAUUCGUACCAUAUAUGGAGUUCUAUGCAGUAGAGCUGAGAAUCUGAGCAACUUCAUUCAGGCUGAUUCGAUUUUUGGACCAGAUGCUCGACUUGUAUACAAGACAUAUGCCACACUGUAUUUUGUCUUCAUAUUUGACAGCUCUGAAAAUGAGCUUGCAAUGCUAGAUCUUGUGCAAGUUUUCGUGGAGAUAUUGGACAAGUGCUUCAGUAAUGUGUGUGAGCUUGACAUAGUGUUCAACUUCAACAAGGUGCAUACUAUAUUAGAUGAGAUCAUUUUGGGAGGUCAAGUUCUUGAGACAAGUUCUUCAGAAGUUGUGAAAGCAGUUGAAGAAAUCUCAAAGUUGGACAGGGCCUCAAAUGGAAGCAUGCUUGUGCCAAAAUCUAUUUCUGGCUGGACGAGUCGAUAG